AUGGAGUACUCUUACAUUCCAUCUUUCGCCCUUUACAACAAUGCUGAUAUGUUCCAAUUCUUCCCUCGUAAUAAGCGUCUCAGUACUCAUCAGAAAUCUUGCCUUGAUGAGCAUGCUCGGAAAAUGGCUGUUUUCAUGAUGAAGCGACAAGAAGAGUACCGUUACUACGAGAACUUGGCCAAUCAGGAACAGUUCUCCGAUGAUGCCCACUUCAGCGACAAUGGAAUGGAUUCAGGAUUCUGCAGUGGAGCGACAUCAACUGGACAAUCAGCUUCUACAUCUCCUGCUCCAGUUCAGCUCAUUCCAAAUCCAUUCUUCGAUCCAGAAGCCAAGACUCAAUCUCCAGUGAAACUCGUUGACAAUCCAGAGCUAUUCAUGGAAUCCAAGAAGAAGUCUGCCCGUAUUUCAGCUUAA